ACUUGAAUGAAACCUACUCACCGAAAAUGACUAAGUAAGCAAAUAAACCACGAGGAAAACAGCAUACAUUAACAAGAAGUAACACUACACGCGCACCACGUUACACAAAGGAUCAUGUAAUGUGCAUGUGGGAUGUGUCAAAAGCUCAGUGCAGUUGGGAUGACACUUGUCAAUUGAUGCUCUGUGCCAAAAAAAAAAAACAAGUACUGGGCAUAUCUUCCAAUAUUCUGCAUGGUCAUGUUUCUGUUACAAUAAUUUAUAUAAGUGCUUCGGUAAUAACGAGGUCUGGCUGCACCCACUAAGCUGUAACAAGCCUUUCCAUGCUCACAUAGCACAAGAUAAAUGGAGAUGUCAAUGGAGCAAAGCACAGCCACUGAACAAGUUACAAGGAAAAAGGGUGGUUACAGAACCAUGCCCUUUAUCAUAGCAAACGAGACCUUUGAAAAGGUUGCAAAUGUAGGGCUCCAUGUAAAUAUGGUCUUGUACCUACUAAACGAGUAUCAUUUAGACCCUUCAACUGCAGCUAUAGUAAUAUUCCUGUGGAAUGCCCUGUCCAAUUUCAUCCCCAUCUUUGGUGCUUUUCUUUCUGAUGCUUGGCUUGGACGAUUUCAUGUUAUAGCAUGGGGAACAGUCAUAGACCUCAUAGGAUUAAUUGUGUUGUGGUUGACUGCAAUCAUUAGGAAUGCAAGGCCUCCAGAUUGUCAUGGUGAAUCUUGUGCAGGUCCAACAGGAGGGCAACUCCUGUUUCUUUUCUCUUCCCUUGCUCUCAUGUCUUUUGGAGCAGGUGGCAUUAGGCCAUGUUCCUUUGCCUUUGCUGCUGAUCAAAUCAACAACCCUGAAAACCCACAAAAUGAGAGGAUCAUGAAGAGCUUCUUCAACUGGUACUAUGUUUCGGUUGGCCUUUCAGUGGUGGUUGCUGUGGUUUUCAUAGUUUACAUUCAAGUUAAAGCAGGAUGGAUUGUGGGUUUUGGCAUUCCUGUAGGGCUUAUGUUGUUUUCUUCUAUCAUGUUCUUCUUGGGUUCUUUUAUGUAUGUGAAAAUGAAACCAAACAAGAGCUUGCUCACUGGCUUUGCACAAGUAAUUGCUGCAGCCUGGAAAAAGAGACACUUGACCUUGCCUCCAAAGAACUCAGAUAUGUGGUAUUUCCAAAGUGGCUCUAGUCUUGUUCAACCAACGGACAAAGCAAGGUAUUUGAACAAGGCUUGCAUAAUCAAGAACAGAGAGAAAGAUUUAGACAUUCAUGGGAUGGCGAUUGAUCCAUGGUGUCUGUGCACAGUAAGACAAGUAGAGGAGUUGAAAGCAGUAAUAAAGGUCCUUCCCAUUUGGUCCACUGGCAUCAUAAUUGCUAUGAGCAUAAGCCAACAUGCUUUUUCUGUGGUCCAAGCUGGCACCAUGGACAGGGUUGUGCGCAAUUUUGAGAUCCCAGCAACCAGCUUCGGUGCAUUUGCAAUCCUCACUUUAACCAUAUGGGUAGCUAUCUAUGAUAGAGUUAUAGUUCCCUUGUUAUCAAAGUACACCAAAAGAGGACUCACCGUUAAGCAAAGACUGGGAAUUGGACUAGUUCUAUCAAUUUUAGCCUUAGCAGUAGCAGCAUUGGUAGAGAGAAAAAGAAGAAAUGAAGCCAUGAGAGAAGGGUUUAUGAACAAUCCCAAAGGAGUGGUGAACAUGUCUGCAAUGUGGCUAGUUCCACAGUAUUGCUUGACUGGUUUAGCUGAGGCUUUCAAUGCCAUUGGACAAAUUGAAUUCUAUUACUCUCAGUUUCCUAAAACCAUGUCUAGCAUUGCUAUUGCACUUUUCACCCUUGGCAUGGGGGUAGGGAACUUGUUGGCUAGUCUUAUAGUUAAGGUUGUCAAAGAUGGGACAGGGAGAAGAGGCAAAAACAGUUGGUUGUCAUCAAAUAUCAACCUAGGGCACUAUGAUUACUACUAUGCAUUCCUUUCCCUUCUAUGUUUUCUUAAUUUGUUCUACUUCUUCCUAUGUAGUUGGGCUUAUGGGAGUACUCAAGAUAUAAAAGUUUGGGAUGAAGAGGUUGACACUAAAUUAGAGCCUGAGAAAGAGACAGAAACAGAAUGAUCAGGAAGACAAAAACUAAUCAGUGAAGGGUUUCUCAUAUAUUUUGUCCUAGGUAAGACAGUGUAUAGCUUUGCCUAGUUGAGUGGAUAUGGAGAUAAAAGGUGUACAAUUAUAAGAAUUUGGAUACUGAUUGACUAUAACUUGAAUAGACUUUCAAUCAAAUCCAUGAGAACAGUGCCGAUUAUGUUUUGUCUUAAAGUGUGUAACUUUCAUUUACAAUAAUACAAACGACAAAUGAAACACACCAAGAAAAACAUUCAACUA